UCCAAUGGGAUGCUAAUGUUGCUCUGUGUCUGCUGGAUGUGGAAGUAGCCAGCUGUUUGUUAACAUGUUCAACAACAUGCUCAAAAGGUCAUUUGAGUUUCUGUCUUGUACUGGCACAGAAUUAGUUGUGAGGGAAAUGUGAUCAUACUGUAUAUUUAAACAACAGGAUCCAUCAGUGCUCAUCGACCACAAAAAGACCAAAAAAUAAAGGUGAGAAUGUGGGGUUUACACGUCCAGGCAGCUGAGUUCCUUUCCUCAGCUCAGAAUAAAACAGUGUUUUUAUGCUCAGUCAUUUCAGUCUGUAUGAGGACGAGGAUGAAGAUCUACAGCUGCCUGUUAGCCUUUGUUCUGGGCUGUAAUGUCACUGCAGAAAUACAGCAGAAAAUAAUCAGGGAGAAGGCCUCCAUCUCUCUGCGAUGUCCUCACUCUGUGGAGGGUAAAGUGACGUGGAGCAGAGAGAUUAAUGGAAACAAAGUUGACAUACUUACAGUUGAAGCUGACGGAGAUAUAAGACACAAUGACCCAGGCAGACGAUACAGUUCAUUGGCAGAUAAGUCACUUCACAUUAGCAGAGCUACCGUCUCAGACACUGGAAGAUACUUCUGUAAUAAUGAACCGGCUGUGGAGCUGACGGUGAUCCCAUCAGGUCAUAAGGUACCACCAACAAUGACGACAACACCAACAACUACAACAACAACACCACCUCCACCUCCAACAACAAGACGAACCACGCCUCCACCUCUUCCAGCACCAUCAACACCGCCUUCACCUCCAACAACAAGACGAACCACGCCUCCACCUCUUCCAGCACCAUCAACACCACCUUCACCUCUAACAACAAGACGAACACCACCUCCACCUCCAACAACAAGACGAACCACGCCUCCACCUCUUCCAGCACCAUCAACACCGCUGGUAAACACAGCUGCUCCUGAAGACCAGCAACUACAGCAUGGUUUGGUGUUUGGAAUAACUACCGGCCUCCUCCUCGUCCUCAUCCUCAUCAUCAUCAUCAUCGUCUUGUCCUUUAGGAGACACAGGUCCAACAGACGAGGAAAUGAAGAAACAUACAUCUAUGAUGAGAUACUGAAUGGAUUAGUGUCUCCAACUACAAAUGGUACAUCACAGCUGAAGGACUCCACGUACGUUUUACUGGGGAAACCCAAAGCACCUGGAAACAACAGUGAACAAUAUUUACAUAGUUUCACCUGAAUAUCUUGCUUCUGUCAGGUAAAAACAGACUUCUGAGUUAUUUGUAGGAAAAUAUUGAAAAAGAUGCUUAUUUCUCUGUGUUGCAUGGACGGAUUAUGAGACAAUGGGCCCCUGGGCACAGACAUGUAAAAAA